AUGGCGGUUAUCACUAUCCUUCUGUGUCUCAGUCUUUUCAAUAGUUCCGGGCCAUACGGUUGGCCGACAUCGAUUGCGACCGCGGCGAAGGAAGAGGUUGAGGAUAACUGUGAACCCUGGACCGCGGCAGCGCAUUUGAACCUCAAUAUCACCCAUCAGCUCUCGACCAACCUUCAAUCCUACGAUCCCUCGUGCCAGGCUUCCAACAACUGGGUCUCGCGUCUUAAGGACUCUGUCACUCACAAGACGCUCAUCCCGGAGCUGAUGAACAAGGAACUUCUUCUCGUCGGAGACUCUGUGGACCGGCGUACGCUCUCUGAUGUUUGUGUGAAAACUCUUGGUCUUGAGAUGAUCAAACAUCCGAUGCACUCGUAUGCCGAGGUCUCGCCCGACGGGAAGGGUGGCAUUCCGCAUACGUGUCGAGUCGAGCAUUUGAAUUUGACCAUGCACAACUACUUCUUUUACGGUUUUGAUGAGGCGGAUAUGUGGAAGGGUGUCGGGCCAUACAAUCCCCCAGGGAAGUUCACGGAGCGAUUCGAGAUGUUCGAGAAAGCCGUGCGGACAUUACCCAGCGGCGGACGACCGAACCUGGUCAUCGUGAAUGUCGGCCUAUGGGAGUUGAUGCGACAUCACGUCCUGUAUGCACACAAAACCCCAAAUGAUCCCGUCGACCUUUUUCCGGAGUUUCAGGAAGCGUUUUUGGGGAAUACGGUCAAGUUCUUGAGAGGGGUGAGGAGGGCGGUUGGUCCUGAUGCAAGGAUUCGGUUUAGGGAGAAUCAUACACCGGGGACAGACGAGAGUAAUAUUUUCACCUCACCCGCGAUUAAGGAGGGGAAGAAGCGUGUCCGGUAUACUGGUGUGCGGAUCGAUACGAUGAACGCACUUAUCGAUCGUGCUAUCAAGAUUGUGAACACCCCGGCGGUCGGAGCUGAGGAGGAUGGGGUGGGAUCUGAGGGAGAUGAUAUCCGUCUUUGGCCAGUUGGGAAGUUGAUGAGACCUUGGCCGUGGAAGAUGUGGGUUGAGGACGAUUGUCAUCCGAAGCCGGGCGUAUUAGCUGGAGUGUGGGGAGAAGGGAUGUUAGAAUACCUGGCGCGGGCGCCGAGGGUUGAACGUGUGUAG